AAAAUCACAACUAUUCUUUUUCUUACCGACAUUCUCGCAUCAUGGCAACCAAGGAUCAUACCAUUGUUUUUAUCACGGGAGCAAAUAGCGGCGUCGGCUACGAGACAGUAAGAGCCUUACUAAAGUCCUCACGGCCUUACUAUAUUUAUCUUGGCAGUCGAUCCAUCGACAAUGGCAAUCAGGCAGCGACAACUUUACGAGAUGAAACACCUGAGUCAUCUAGUUCUAUUGAAGUGAUUGAGAUUGACGUUUCAAGUGAUGAUUACAUCAAUGCUGCUUUCGAGAAGUUGAAUCAGGGUCCAGGGCGUCUUGAUGUACUGGUGAACAACGCAGGUCAUUCUCUCGAGAACCGCGUCUCUACCGGACAAUAUACGUUGAGGGAGGCUUGGAACAAGAUGUAUGAUGUAAAUGUGACUGGAGCGCACAUUUUGACUUCUACGCUUGCUCCGCUCCUUUGCCAGUCUAGCAAUCCCCGCCUUCUCUUUCUCUCUAGUGGCCUUGCCCAGCUAGAAACGUUGAGUAAGGGAUAUUAUCCUGGUCAACCACCAGUAGCGGGAUGGCCCAAGUCAGCAAGCAUUAGCCCGCAUGGUUACAGGGCAAGCAAAACAGGUCUAAACAUGAUGAUGCUUACUUGGUACUGGACCCUCAAGAACGAUGGCGUCAAGGUAUGGAGUGUGAAUCCUGGUUGGCUCGCAACCAACUUGGGCGGUACGCGAGAAAAGCUGAAGGAGCUUGGUGCUGGUGAUCCGGCGUUGGGAGGCACUCUUAUAAGACAGGUUAUUGAGGGAGGGAGAGAUGCUGAUGUCGGCAAGGUCGUUAUAAGCCAGGGCAUUCAGCCUUUCUGAAGUAUAGCAUCGUCUACUUACUCCUACGCAAUGAUAUACAAAUAGCACA